CCUCCGACGUUCUACGUACUUCUCUCUUCUCUGCUCGGCGGCUUUCGCGGGGUCUGUGUUUUUUGUCAGUAGCUCCGUCGGCAUCGGCGGAACAAGAUGGCGGCCCGGACUAUGCAAGCUGCGCGAUGUCCCACAGACGAACUUUCCCUAAGCAACUGUGCUGUGGUCAAUGAAAAGGACUUCCAGUCUGGCUUGCACGUAGUUGUGAAGACUUCACCAAACCACAAAUAUAUUUUUACGCUGAAAACCCAUUCCUCAGUUGUCCCAGGCAGCAUUGCCUUCAGUUUACCGCAGAGAAAAUGGGCUGGACUUUCUAUUGGGCAAGAUAUAGAUGUUUCUGUGUAUAACUUUGAUAAGACCAAGCAGUGCAUUGGCACUAUGACUAUUGAGAUUGACUUCCUGCAGAAGAAGAGUGUUGAUUCUAACCCAUAUGAUUCAGACAAAAUGGCAGCAGAGUUCAUCCAACAGUUCAAUAACCAGGCAUUCACAGUUGGACAGCAGCUUGUGUUUAGUUUUAAUGACAAACUCUUUGGCCUGUUGGUCAAAGACAUUGAAGCGAUGGAUCCCAGCAUCCUUAAAGGAGAGCCUGGCACAGGAAAAAAACAAAAGAUUGACGUUGGUCUGGUUGUUGGGAACAGCCAAGUUGCAUUUGAAAAAGCUGAGAGCUCUUCCCUCACUCUCAUUGGCAAAUCCAAAACCAGGGAAAAUCGUCAGUCUAUUAUCAACCCUGACUGGAAUUUUGAGAAAAUGGGCAUUGGAGGUCUUGAUAAAGAAUUCUCAGACAUCUUUCGACGGGCAUUUGCCUCCCGGGUGUUCCCACCUGAGAUUGUGGAGCAGAUGGGCUGCAAACAUGUGAAAGGCAUCCUCUUAUAUGGCCCUCCUGGCUGUGGUAAAACUCUGAUGGCCAGGCAGAUUGGCAAGAUGUUGAAUGCCCGAGAACCAAAAAUAGUGAACGGACCUGAAAUCCUCAACAAAUAUGUUGGCGAGUCAGAGGCCAACAUUCGCAAGCUCUUUGCAGAUGCCGAAGAAGAACAGAGAAGGCUGGGUGCAAACAGUGGUGUCCACAUCAUCAUCUUCGAUGAAAUUGAUGCCAUCUGCAAACAAAGAGGAAGUAUGGCGGGUAGCACUGGUGUCCAUGACACAGUCGUGAACCAGCUCCUGUCAAAAAUUGAUGGGGUUGAGCAGCUGAACAACAUUUUGGUCAUUGGUAUGACCAACAGACCAGACCUGAUAGAUGAAGCUCUCCUGCGACCUGGGCGACUAGAGGUGAAAAUGGAGAUUGGUUUACCGGAUGAAAAGGGGAGAAUGCAGAUUCUCAACAUCCACACAUCAAGAAUGCGGACCCACCAGUUGCUGGCUCCAGAUGUUGAUAUUUCCGAGCUGGCUGUAGAGACCAAGAACUUCAGUGGUGCAGAGCUUGAGGGCCUAGUUCGUGCAGCGCAGUCUACUGCGAUGAACAGACACAUUAAGGCCACCAGCAAAGUGGAAGUUGAUAUGGAGAAAGCAGAGUCCCUUCAGGUGACAAGGGGAGAUUUUUUAGCUUCUUUGGAGAAUGAUAUCAAGCCGGCAUUUGGGACCAAUCAAGAGGACUAUGCCAGCUACAUCAUGAAUGGCAUUAUUAAAUGGGGUGACCCUGUUACUCGAGUGCUGGAUGAUGGGGAGCUCCUGGUUAAUCAGGCCAAAAACAGUGAUCGUACUCCUUUGGUCAGUGUUCUUUUGGAAGGACCACCUCACAGUGGGAAGACAGCCCUGGCUGCCAAGAUUGCAGAAGAAUCUAACUUCCCCUUUAUCAAGAUCUGCUCUCCUGAUAAGAUGAUCGGCUUUUCAGAAACUGCUAAGUGCCAGGCCAUUAAAAAGAUCUUUGAUGAUGCUUACAAGUCUCAACUCAGCUGUGUGGUGGUGGAUGACAUUGAAAGGCUUCUAGAUUAUGUUCCAAUUGGGCCACGGUUCUCCAACCUGGUAUUGCAGGCUCUUCUGGUGUUGCUGAAGAAAGCACCACCUCAAGGUCGCAAGCUUUUGAUCAUUGGGACUACCAGUCGCAAGGAUGUCCUGCAGGAGAUGGAAAUGCUGGAUGCUUUCAGCACUACUAUUCAUGUUCCCAACAUUGCCACAGGAGACCAUCUGGUGGAGGCCUUGGAGCUCCUGGGCAGCUUCAAAGACAAGGAGCGUGGCACCAUUGUCCAAAAUGUCAAAGGGAGGAAGGUCUGGAUCGGCAUCAAGAAGCUCCUGAUGUUGAUUGAGAUGUCAUUACAGAUGGAUCCAGAAUACCGUGUGAGAAAAUUCCUGGCACUUCUAAGAGAAGAAGGAGCCUUUGGUGAAUAAUGCCUGGUGCACAACUGGCUUGUGAAUUUGCAUGCACUUCCCUUCUCUGGAUGCCCGUCUGUCUGUGCUUCCAGCGUCUGUGCCCUCAGCCCCUCCCCCCAAGAUACACUUGCCCCUUGUGGCAGUUGCCCUCUCUUUCUUUGCAGUAGCCCACUGGAUUAAGAAUGAAGCCAGCAUCUUGCUCAGGAGCCGGUGACCAGGAAUGCAGCCAAGCAGGAGACUACCUUGCUGGGUUUGUCUUCUGUCUUCCAUAUGGUGCACCCGGACAAGAGCGUAACAAUCAGCCCCCUUCAGAGACCUCGUCAUCUCUCCUUUUUGCAUGUCAGACUCAACUGAACACUCCACAGUGCAUCACCUGUUGUCUUUAAUAUCCUGGUGUUUUGUGGCAAAUCAGAUCUCUUCUACAACAACUGCUUUUGUCUUAUGCUGCCUGCUGCACCUGCUCGACCAGUAUCGGUCCACAAGGGGAGGAGUGGACAUGUGCCACUUACAGGCCUGUAAGAUGUUAAUGCUGAAGGUGACUGUAGUUUCUUUUCAAUCUUAAAACUAAAAUCCAAAAGGCUGGAGAGGGUUCCUUGUUUCUGACCCACCCCAGUCCAAUGUGAAAGGCAAUGGAAGUUUGCAAAGGUCUCCGCUUCCCCAGCCUUCACUUUCCUCCCAUUUCACUGAGUUAUUGCUUGUGCUUUGCAGCUUGUACCCUACUGGGUGUGUGUGGGAUCAGAUCCCUCUCAAAAUGGUUACUGACAUGUUAAAUGCCACCAUUACUUCCAGUUGAGGUAGGACAAGAGAUGGACUUUAGAAAAGAUUGUGUCUAUUGUGACUGCAAGCCAUUAAAGUCAAGAGCAUUUUAAUGGUUGCCGUUUCCAGUGGUGUUUAUGCACAGGAUAUAAACUGCAGAGAGUGGGGUCUGAUGCAUUUACGGUUUUCUCAUAAUUGGUACAGUCAUGAUGGUAAAAGCAAGCUGUAUGUUUUCCUGUUGAAACACACUAAAAACAUUCUCUUGCCUUCUGCUAAAAUAGUCUUUACUGGCACUUUACCUCUCUUAAAGUAACAUGGAGUAAAUGAUCCAGAUAUUUAUUUUUGGACAGGGGUGGGAAACUGCUUCUCCCCACAUUUUUGGGCUGCUAAUCAGCAUAGCCAACAGUGAAGGACAGUGAGAAUUACAGUCCAGUAAGAUUUGUGGGGCAUUACAUUUACCACCCCUGUUUUAGGGAGUCAGAAGUACAGUUUCAACUGUACACAGGUGCUGGAUGCACGUAUGAAUUUGCCAGCCUGCAAGUCUAAAGCAGUGAUGAUAGUCCAGCAUGACUUGGAUUGAGGAAACAAUAUGAUAAGACAGGGUUCAAAAAAUUAUCUUUGGGGAUCCCAGUCUUUCUAUCAAGUGUAAUAUCUAUUUUUCUAACUUGUCCGCUUAGGAGAGCAACGCAUUGUGUGGCCCUGAAUUAUUCUUCCUCCUCCCCUCAAUUUGCCAUUUUGCUAAAACCCUCAUUCGACUCUUCCCCUCUAGGCUGCUAAUGUUAGGAGAGAACACUUGACUUCCUCCAAACCUGUGCAGCGAAAGGCAAACUGUUGUGGGAACCGCUGCUGCAGUGUACUUGAAUUAUAACUGAUAGAUUUAUUUUAAUGUGAGGUUAGAUUUUUUUUUCCAGUUCCUUUUUUGUUUCUUUUUGUGGUGUUGAGCCCUGGUGAACCUAUAAGAUCCCUUCUUUUUUAGGUUGUGUGAUUGGGCUGCUUUCAGCUGCACCCACCUCUGCACCACCAGUCCCCAAACUCCAGCAAACUGUUUCUCUUCUGUCUCCUCAUCACUGACCUUUCAGUGAAAGCAAAACACACAUGUUGUAUUUAAUGUAAUGUCUUGGAGCAAAUGAUGUAAACAUUUUUAUUGUGUUUUUUUUUUGUCCAAAGGUAUAAUGAGAAAGAAAAAAAUGCAGAUUAUAUAUAUAUAUAUUGAUCUAUUGUAUGUUUAAAAUGCGGAUGAACUGAUGCAAUAAAAAGGCACAUAUAUACUUAAAA